CCACAACGCGUAAGCUAUAAGGGAACGGCAAGCAAAACAAACAGGUCGACAGAAGAAAGAUAUUGCCGGUCGGUGCUUCGGUCAGACGGACAGAGAGCUUAUCAAGCGUAGCUCAUUUGCAUUUUGUAACGGUUCGCUGGUCUCGCGUCCCGAACAUGCGCGCUCACGCCGGUGAAAUAUGUGGACGCGGUUCUGAUCUGUGGUAAUGUGUUCGUAUUUUUCGCACGGUCGGCCCAUUAUGACGGUCAGUCCGCUCGGGUAUUGUCAGCGUGACAUUUCUUGUUUUUGAAGCGACAUUGCAGUGCAGAGAUCGAAGUAACUGUAUUCGCGCAUUUUAUUGAUAUAUCAACUAUGCAUACGCGGCGGCUGGUGAAGCGCUCGGUCAUUGGGAGCCGCGUGUACGCGCCGGGUUUAACGGGAGACGCGGCUCCGCUCACGGGAGUGAUCCAGGCUGUCAAACAUGACAACAGAGAUGCUUCGACCGGCCAUCGCCGCAACGUGUACACGGUGCUCAUGCAAGACGGGACCCUGAAAGACUUCUCCGAGGAAGAGAUUACACAGAUGACUGCGAAAGCGCCGCUGAAGUCGAGCUUGAAGCAGAGCUCCUGUAAUGGUGGCCAGCGGGACGGGCCCACGCAGGGCCAGAAUGGGAGCAUGCAGAAAGGAGAGGUGCCCUCCCUCAGUCCAGAGAGGACAGAAGAGCCACGGGUGCUGGAGCACAAGCGAUCGGGCCGAGCGCUGGAGCCAGAGAAGGAUCACACCCGCUCCGUUUCUCUGCUGGAACAAAAACGCAAGGUGGUCUCUUCCAGCAUCGACGUACCACAAGCCAGGAAAUCAGAGGAGGAGGUGGACAUGGACAAAGUGACAGCUGCCAUGGUGUUGACCAGUCUGUCCACUAGUCCUCUGGUGCGGAGCCCUCCUGUAAAAGUUAGUGAGGGUCUAAACGGCUCUUGGAAGGAUGGAGGCUUUACUCCAUCCAGCUACAGCAGCAGUGGAUAUUGGAGUUGGAGUGCACCCAGUGACCAGUCCAAUCCGUCCACGCCGUCCCCACCCCUGUCUGCUGACAGCUUCAAACCCUUUCGGAUGCCCAGCCUCAACGGCCCACCAGACGACAACAUCGAUGAGCAUGAUGGGAACAGCCUGCUGUUCGACGAACCCAUCCCCCGCAAACGCAAGAACUCCAUGAAGGUGAUGUUCAAGUGUCUGUGGAAGAACUGUGGGAAGGUCUUGAGCACAGCCGCCGGGAUCCAGAGGCACAUUCGAACCGUCCAUCUGGGGAGGAACUGUGACUCCGAGUGCAGUGACGGAGAAGAGGAUUUCUACUACACUGAGAUUAAGCUGAACACCGACUCUGUGGCGGACGGUUUGAGCAGUGUGUCUCCUGUGUCCCCGUCUGUGCUGUCCCCCCCGCCAGGUUUGGACCAGAGACAGCCGGAUGGCACUAACGGUGCAAAGAGUGAGAACGGCACCACCACCCCUCUUAGCCGCUCCGCUCCCAGCGCACUCUACCUAGUUCACACAGACCACGCCUACCAGGCCACAGCCCCUGUCACCAUCCCCUCCACCAGCUCCACUGGCUUCACCCCCUCCAGCAGCAGUUUCAGUAUCUCCUGGCAGUCCCCACCCGUCACUUUUACUGGCACCCCUGCUUCUCCCACUCACAGCCGGACGCAGGGCUUUGGGGAGCAGCGCUCUCAAACCAUUGCAGUGCUCUCGUCUCCCCCCAGAGCUGCAGGCUCAUUCAGUAGGAAGUCACGAGGCGAGGGAAAGAAGUGUCGUAAGGUGUACGGCAUGGAAAACAGAGACAUGUGGUGCACGGCCUGCCGCUGGAAGAAAGCCUGCCAGAGAUUUGUUGACUGAAACCGCUGUGACAGCUUAAACACAACAACAGGGUGGGCUUCCUUUGCAUGCAUAGCAUAAUGAAAUGCGUCCCUUCUCUUUGUUACUGACCACAGCCCCACCCUGCUUCACCUUAAACCCACAUGGACUUCGAGGGUUAAACCCUUAUGCAUUUCCUCCUAAACCAACGGAUGCACUCCCAAUCUUUGCAGAUUUCCAUCUCUUCCUUUGAGGAGAGUUGCUUUACACUGCAAAAAUGAAAAAGUCUUGUGGUCCAUCUCUUUUUGUUUGUGUUCAGUAUACUGCUUAAAAACAUUUUGUCAGUUCUGUAAGGACCAGCCAAGGCAAGACCGGCCUCUGUCUUUGCUCUUUUUAAAAGAGAAAAAAGCUCUCUUUCAGACUUUUUAAAUGCUAUAAAACACAACUGGAGAACGUGUUUCUUUUUCCAUGGGCACUUUUUGGCAUUCCUCCUGCCCAUUUUAUUAAAGGUUAAGGGUUGGACAGCCAGAAAACCCUGUCUUUCAAAGAAUGUACCACCACAGGGGUUUGUUUUGGGAUGUUGACUGGACAGCUCCCCUGAAUAAAAAUCCAUUAAUGCAAAAAAAAAAAAGAAAAGUAUGGGAAGAGAAGGACUUUCAGCUGUGCCGAAACAAGCAAUUGCACCUACAUAGGAUAUCUCCGGAUUUAUAUUUGCCUUUACCAAUAGGACAUUUCUUUCAGGGAUGCGAUCAGUAAAAGCAAAACCAGCAGUUCGAUACCUCUCCUUCCCUUCGGACUCCAUCAGCAAGAAUGAACUGCGUUCAUGUUAGAGCCAUAUAUGAACCCGCUGUAUCCAUGCCACAGUCUGUUGCCUAGAGAGGUUCGACCAACAAACCCAAGUAAAGAAACUCUACAAAGUGGUUCAUUUUACCUCUGAGAACUGAAGAGCUCUUUACCUCGCACCUUUUUCCUGACCUCACAGGUUCAAGUAGGAAGUCAUAGAAAUAGCAAAUGCCACAUCUACUCCAGCACAGGAGCUGGGAAGCACUCAGAUGUGCUUUUGUUAUUCUUCAGUAUUUGGUACAGUAUUGUGUAACACGGCAGAACAUUGGUCACAGGAAGAUGGAUGUCUUUUCAUCAUGGCUUCUUUGCAAAGGAUGACCAGGAUGGAAUGAAAAUGAUUAAGUCCUGCAACAUUGACACUUAUGGAAUACGACAACUCUGUUGGCAAUUGUUAUCUGGCACUUGUUUGGUGUCUACAUAACAUCAGUACAAGCAAAUUAACUCAUCAUGUACAUGCAAACAGCGCUUAUUGUGAUCAGCUCAUUGGCUGUAUCUGUUUUGUUCAUCACAUGGUUCCACUUUCUCUUACUAUCAGUGUGUGUGUGUGUGUGUGUGUGUGUGUGUAUUGAAUUCCUAAAAACCAGUGUUUCAUGCCCAGAAUAACACUUGGUUAUAUUGGUAGAAUGAAGUAACUCUGCACUCACACUGCACACAAAUCCAAUUUAAAUUUAGAUCCAUUUGUUUGCACUAUGUAAUCAAUAUCCUAUUAUCUACAUGGGUUAUUUAGGAAUGUCAUAACCAGAAUCCUGAAAAAGUGAUGAAAAGAUACUCACAAACAUCUAAAACCACAGUAAACUACUUGGAACCUGAUUUGACCAUUUACACUAAAAUACAUUAAAUAAUUAUGAUUUAAUCUGAUUUCACACCUGAUAUGGAUGUGGUUUGGAUCUGGUUCAUGACCGUUUCAGCAUUUUGAUCUAUAAUUUUACUUUCUUUAGAUUUUGUUGACACGAUUCAACAGAUCUAGCAUGUAAAAGGUCUCCAGGGUCUUGCAUUUUCCAUGUGACUGGAGGCAAGCUGUUUGUGAAAGCACAGCUAUGCUGAAGCCACACACCAGUACCCAAGGGCUCUAGCACUCCAGUGUUUAUUGAAACUUUUUGUGAUCUCCUGCCAGAGAUGAAGAUGAGGUUUAAUAAUUAAAAGCUGCAUAUUUGGCCCCUGGUUUGGGUAACAUCUCAGAGGGUGCCGCUUGUCCCUCCGUUCCCUUCCCGGUGCUAUAAUAGACCAAAGGGUCUGGGAGAUCUCACAGGCGUUUUACAUAAGCUGAUGUCUACAGUUGUUUACAUCCGGAAUAUACUUGGGGAAACUCCUUCCGUCACGUUUCCUACAAAUAAAAACCUUUAGGAAUUAGUGUUGGCAAUCGAUUUCUAAAUCUUGCCUAAAGGUUACCUAAAAAUGUGCUCUUGUUAAGUGAAGUUAAGAUCACAGUGCAUUGGGUUUCUAAUGAUGUUUCACACACCUGUCACCAUGGUGCUCAUGUAUUGGCUGCAGUUUUGAUCAGUUCUAGACCACAGCGCAUUACUCUUAUUCAUUAGGGGUGCUAGUUUACUUGUGCACAGGUCUUUGUUUUGUUGUACAAUGUGAAAUUUAACAGACAUGGUGCAUAUCAAGCGGUCUUCUUUUCACAAUUUACUUUCUUUAUUGCCAACUUUGUUCACAACAGUAUAUAAUGUACCUACAAUACCCAUAUAAGCUAACUAGUAUACAGUAUUUAGUACUAGUGCUGUUCAUAAAUGCCUAUCUUGGUCCAUUUCUCAUAGUAACACAGUACAAAGCUUUCAUUGUUCAGAUCCAGAAGGACGCUGAGGUGUUAGCUGUCUUUAACCGAAGUAGUCUUCUCUGGUUCUGUGUAAACAUACUAUAUAGGAUUAAUUAACAAUAACUGAUUAUACUAUUGUAUUACUCAAAAUGUGUAACUGUUUUGAGCCAUAUUCUAAGCUACUUUAACACAGAUCCUGAGAAACGUAUUAAGAUGCUUCCUGUUCUGAACUUUAACUUUAACCACACAGCGCCGUCUCUUUUCCCACUAACUGGUGUUAGGAAAACCCAAAAGUGCUAUCUUAAUUAGAUACACAGAUGCAGAUGUUUAGAGUUGGUGUGCAUAUCCCAUGUCAGACUGACCCAAUCUGAUUGUCUUUGCGUAUACGGAAUGGUUUGUGUAACUCCAAACCGUCACUCCGCUAUAGCCAGAUGGCAGAUGGGCCACUCAGUAGUCCACUUACAUAAGUGAUGUGUUAGUGUCGAACCACAAACAGCAAGAACGAGUAGAGGCACGAGUGAUCGGACUGAGUCUGCAAAAAAAAAACAAAGCCUGUAGUCGAGAGGAGCAUUCCAGACUUCACAUUGAAAUCUUUUUGUUAUGAAACCGCAGCAUCAGGAUGGAACUUCCUCUCUCUUAGAGGGCUUCUAAUCACUGCUGUCGUUCUUCUGCAAUGCAUACUACCGAUGAAAUGGCUGCCGGCUUCCUGUGGUACAUGAUCAGCUCAUGUCUUUCCAAGGCGGAAAGGGGCCCUGAGAGGUUUGGUUUUUGUUUUCCGUGGAGGGGGGCCAGUCCCUCUGACUGCUUUCAGGAAUGUAUUUGUAUGAGGAUUUAUAGGAGUCUGACUGUGCCUUGGUGAGGUCUGAGAUUGUGCGUGGAGAUGCACAGAAAAGCAAAGGAAUGUUUCUGGUGUCGGCCUGUCUGAGUUCAGCAUUUUGUCUGGAUUUAAACGUGUGGGAGUGGAGGCCCCUUUUUUUUUACUGAUUUGAGGACUAGCUCUUGCUUUUUAUGAAUAGCUUUUGAUGAAUUUGGUGGGGUGGGGGGGUCUUUUCCAAGUUGUGCUUUGUUAACGAUUUUUAGCUACAACAUCGUAGUUGUUUUCAUCUCCAGUUUUGGAAACGUAGCGGGAAACGUUUAAUCAACAUUUCAAACAGGGGUUUGUUGAAUACGCCUGCGUUUUAAGGACUGGGGAGUGUUUCUCUUACAAGACGCUUAUACAGUGAGAUCAUCCAUUAUUGUCAGAGACUAAAACUCCAGCCUAACAGAUAGGACCACGCACAAAAGAGCUUAGCAUAUGAAUUGCAAGCUUGGUUGGAUCCAGAUACCAAUUUAUGAUUUCCAUCAUAUUUCAAAGUAGGGCUGCAUGAUUUGGGCAAACAGGUUUUCUGUGCUUGUUUGUCAUUAUAAGAAGAUGUUAGCUGUAUAUUGACUUCACUAAUGCAUGUUAUAAGCGACUCAAGCUUAGGAGUAGAUGCAGAGAUGUUUAUGUGGAGCAGCAUUUACUGCAAAAGGCACUGAAAACACCAGAUCAUGAGCUGCUCAUGUGUUAACAAACACUGUGGCGUGCUUCACUCUGAAACAUGCAUUGCAUAUAUUUAUUUAAAUCGCAGCCUUUGUGAUUUGAUUAUUUUUUGAUGGUUUUAUUUUGAUUAAUCAUGCAGCCCUAUCUCAAAGGAUAUCAGAGAAUAACCAGGACACAUUAUGUGACACAUUUCAGUCUCUAGCCUUUACAUCUUGAAAAUAAGAUCCCAAAAGACACUAUGGGAAUGUAGGCUCAGCGCUCUGAAUGGAUUAUCUCACUGCUGACCUUCGUCAAUCAAGAACCAUGUUAACCUCAAGAACUCAAAGACUGUCGCACUGGAUUUUUACACUUUUUCAAGUAAUUUGCUGAUCUAACUGUAUUUUUUAAUACUGCAUGUGCAUGCUGAAGAAAAGAAACAAAAAAAUAAGAUCUGGAUUUAUGAAUGUGUUUGUGGUGUUUUUUUAUCUGUAAAAACAGGCACAGGGCAGGCAGGCUGCUGUUACUAUAGGAAUGACUUGCAAAAUCCACUUCCUCUGGAAAUGUGUUUUCAUCAUGUGAUUUCAGCAUUUUUUCAUAGUCGCCCAUUUUCACGCUAUGUUCUGAAACCCAGAAAGUCUUUAAAAGAGUCUGAUUGGCUGAAGCGAUGAUAGAAACUGCCACAUUCUGAAAUCAUUCCACUGCAUCUGGGCCGAAAGCCAAAAUUUGUGUGGCUUCUUCUGAGAAAUGUUCUAUACUUAACAUCAUGUGCUCAGAUGUGGUGAUUUUAUAGUCCAUAGAGAGCAGGUGGACUACCAUAAAAACAAACAGAUGCUGAUGAUAAAACAACCAACUUCUGACCAUCGUAACACAAGUGAUAAUAACGAACACCAGCCGGAUACUACACAAGCACUUCAAAAUGAUAUGAUAUAACGAGAGGAUCGGUUCACCUCAAGGACCAAAUAUAGUCAGCCCAAACUGUGCUUUUUGUUUUUAGUUCACAGAUGUCUGUCCCAUUGUCUGUUCUUUUGACAUUCCUGAUUUUAGAAGUAUUGUUUGAUGUUAAGAACGGGUAUCUAUCUGAUGCCCUGUGCACAUGAUGGAAGUCUACUGUGUAAAGAGAAAAAGGGAAAACUCAGGAUGUCUUCAUCUUUCCAUGCUGCUGCUAAAAAAAGAAAAUAAUAAUAAUAAUAAUGCAGCAGUCGAGUUGUAAAGCCAUAAAGGAAGAGAGGUGUUUGGGUGACCCAUGCCAUUUACCAAAAUUAUUUUGAUGAGUAAGCAAUGUCUAGAUUAUUUUCAAGAACUGUGUAUUAUUCAUAAUUGCACACUGACUGUAUGUAUAUUGAAGCUGUUCAUUGAAGAAGGUACUUGAUGUCUCUAUGCCAAUGUGAGGGAUAAAGUCAUUGAUGGGGGACAGAUUUUAUUGUACGAGCAAUAGCUAUGAAUGUAGCUAUGAAUAAAUGGAUGGUAUAUUUAUAUGCUCAUAAAUUACAAUAUUGUUAUUCUGAAGAGAGACAACCUUGAAAUUGGCAGGUUUUCAAAAAGUUCAACUUGAUUGUACCAUAUUAUGGAUAUACAUUUGUGACAUUAACACUGACGAACUGAGGAUUAGGCCUACAAAUUGUAGGCUACAAUUGAAAUUAUGAAAAGUUCAAAAUCAAGAAACCCAAAGAUUAUUUUUUUUCUUCUCAAAUUAGACAUACCACAUCAUAGGACAAAUAAGCUAUAUACAUGUCACAAUGUAAAAUUAAGAUACAAUGCGUACAAUCUAGAGUUUUAUUAAUCCACCAUUAAGGUGCGUUCACAUUUGCAAAACAAGCUCAUUUUUGCAGGAAAAAGUAGGUCCAUCGUCAAAAGUGGCGUUACCACAGAGCUCGCUUCCAAACCAAACAGCUUUAUGGGUAAACUCUGUACAUUUCAGUGUUAGCUCAAAUCUAAAGGAAAUGUUUCACCCUUAUACAAAAUUCCCAAAUGCUUGGGUUGCUAUUGAAAUUCCUGCCUUCCUGCAUUUCGGAGGGUUUUCUUAAUAAUGAAGAUCGCUGCUGAAGGCUGUUAGCCAGAAACAUUGAUCUCUGAUGGAACGCACACAAAUGUAGCCUAAUUGUUCAACUUUGUCCAGUAUCAGCAGAAACGAGGGCCUUAUUUAGAGGGUAUUUUUGCGGCUUCGUGCCACUAUAUUUUGCCAUUGUGAGUGUCUAGUCUGUGUUCACUCAAUUAUGCAAUUUUAUGCGUUAGUACAGUCUAUGGUUAGUUAAUAGGUUCACGCGAAAAACCUAAAAAAUAUAUAUAACAUAAUUGACGGAAAUAAGUUAUUUUUUACACUUCUUGCAUUUACGCACUAGUCUGGAUAUAUAUGACCAGAGAGGGAGCUGAUAGUUAAUUAUCUGGACUUGAUCUAAUAUCGCAAUACAUUAACUGGAAACACUUGCUUUAUGUACAAUGACUUAUGUUUAUCUUAAUUGCACCGUUUUAUUUCUUUUCCCAAAGUUCAGUAGAUUUAAAUCUCCCGUCCUUCUGAGGGCGAAAACGCUUGGUGACUGUUAUUAUUAUUAUCUAUCUAUCUAUCUAUCUCACUUGCUGUACUCGUUUUUACUCUGAGCUGUGUAAAUAGAAACGGUCAUUGUUAUUGUGCUCUGGUGAUAAUGUUGUGGUGCUCGUCACUGCCGCUCUCGUUGUUUUCUUUGGUGUAAAGACCUUUCCAAGGUGCCUGUGUUCAUAUGAGCUCCAGGUUAAUGGUCAUGGAAAAAUAAAAAGAUUUUUUUCGACAGCCGUUUUUCUAUACAA